GGCACAAUCUCGCUCCUAAUACAAUUGAUAACUCCGUCAAUCAAGCUAGCAAUUUUUGGCUGACACUGGCCAAUAGCUCCGUGCCAUAUGUGCAGCCAUUAGAGCCAUAAUUAGUGACUAUUGGCGUUGAGUAAAAGCUCGGGUUUCUGCUAGUGUCCCUGUUCUGGAAGUUUGAUAUUUCAAACUCAAGAGUCGCCUUAUUGCACAGAUGCACUGGGAGAAGAUAGAGAUCAAGGUGAAGCCUCAUGAGCCCAUUCCAGGCAAAUCGCCAGGGAGGAAAGGCGGCAAGCACGGGCCAGGGAGGAAAUGGGGUCACACGCUGAAUGCCGUGAACUACGGCCGUCAGGUGUACGUUUUCGGAGGUUAUGGCAAGGACGAGCGGCAGACGAACGACGUCUACGUGUACAACACAACCAAGGACGCGUGGAGCAAGCCGAACAUCAAGGGCACGCCGCCGUCGCCGCGCGACAGCCACACGAGCACGGUGGUGGGCAGCCGGCUGUUCGUCUUCGGCGGCACUGAUGGAUCGUCGGGGCUCAACGACCUCUACAUGCUCGACACCUCAACGAACACGUGGACGCGGCUGGCAGCGCAGGGAGACGUCCCAGCAGCACGGGAGGGGCAUGCAGCAGCGCGGGUGGAGGGGGUGGUGUACGUGUUUGGGGGGUGCGGCAAGGCGGGCGACGGGGGGACGGUGGACGAGACGUAUUACAACGACGUGCAUGUGUUCAACCCUGACGCCAUGCGGUGGACACGGCUCGCAACAACAGGCACGGCGCCAUCGCCCAGGGAUAGCCACAGUUGCUGCGCGUGGGGCAACCAACUCAUCGUGUUUGGCGGAGAGGACUCGCGCAACUGCUACCUCAGUGACGUCUUCGUCCUCGACACCAGCUCGUUGGUGUGGAGGGAGGUGCGAGCGAGGGGGCAGAAGCCCUUACCAAGAGCGGGGCAUGUGGCUGUGACGGCAGGGCGCUACAUGGUGGUCUUUGGGGGCUUCACGGAUGAGCGCAGGCUUUUCAACGACCUGCAUGUGCUGGACCUCUCCUCGGAGCACUGGCAGCAGUACACGCCAACGGGGGACGUGCCUUCGCGCCGCUUCUCCCUCUCUGCCGACCUGCUUGACUCGGUGUCGGGCAAAAUGAUGGUGUUUGGAGGAUGUAAUGACGAUUUGGAAGCGCUAGACGAUGCCUACUUCCUUCAUACAGAUUUCGGCUCGCAUGCAACGGACUACCCGCGGCAACGCGUGAGGCGGCGGUCCUUUGACUCGAUGGCCAUGGCUAUAGACGCGGGCAUGCACCCGGGGGUGGGGAUGCCCAUGGGCGCCAUGGGCAUGCGCGGCAGGGGCAUGGAGGGGCGCUAUGGUGGUGCCUCGUAUGCGGCGGGCGCAGAGGACGAUGGAUAUCGACCCCCAGCCAGACGCAUGCGAGUCCCCCAAGUCUCCCCAGCCCUGCCCACCGGCAUGCUGCCCUCGGACCUGAUAGCACCGGCCGGCAAGGAGGUGCCGUUUGAGGCGCAGAUAGUGGACGUCUUCCACCUCGGCUACUGCCUGCGCGCCACAGUGGCAGGCCGCCCCCUACACGGACUGCUCUUCUCCUACGACCCCUCCUUUGCCCAGGCCGCCCUUGCUCGCCAGGCCCAGAGGCAAGUGGGCACACGAUCCUCCCGCCAGCCCCCUCCUCCUCCGCUGCAUCUGACCUUCUCUCCUGAAUCCGGUACCCACACCAUCACAGUGCCCGACCCCCACCGCCGCAGAACAACUGCCGCCGCCGCUGCUGCUGCUGCUGCCACUGCUGGUGCUACUGCUGGGGGUUUGACGGUUGGUGGUGGGCCUACUGCCGUUACAUCGCAUGUUGUAACUGUUCCUGCUGCUGCAGUUACUGCUGUUGCUGCUGCUGCUUCUCCAGCAGUCAUGGCAGGAAUAGGUGCCCCGGGAGUGGCUGCAGGGUCUUUGAGAGAAACAGUGACAGCAGCUGCACCACCACCAGCAGCAGCAGCAGCAACAGCAGCAACAACACAAGUAGCAGCAACACCAGCAGCAGCAGCAACAGCAGCAACAGCAGCAACAGCGCAAGUAGCGGCAACACCCGCAACAGCAGCAGCGGCAAUGAGUAGUGGUGGCGCACGAGCCCUUGGCCCUCAGCAGCAGCAGCAGGAGCAGCAGCAACAACAACAGUCUCACGGUGUGGCUUAUAGAGGGUACAUGGGUGAAAUGGUGGCAGCAAUGGCUGACACAGGAGGGGGAUUUGCUAUGAUGGAUACAGAUGUAGGCGGAGAGGCGGGGGAGGGUAAGGAAGAGGAAGAAGAUGUGGAUAUUGUCUGAGAGAUGGGUAGGCUAGGCUCGCUCAAUCAAUGUGUUUAGUUUCUAUUAUUAGGGAAUAUUGUAAUGUUUUUUUAGAAUGUUCAUUCUUAGUUUUCCUGUUUAAAUAGAAUCAGGCUUUUACA